UAUCACGAGCAGGAUGUUUUACGGUAUAAAUUCUUUAAUAACUACCACCAUUAUGAAAAGUACGUUUCAGUCUAAAAUCUGCUCUCUGAUUACGUAUCGUACUAACCGGCAAGUCCAUCCGUUCCCAUAAGAAACCGGUUUUCUACAAUGGAAGAAUGGAUGUUGAAUGACCUGCUGGAAUGCUCUGUAUGCCUAGAACGUUUAGACAUUUCCAGCCGUGUCCUGCCCUGCCAGCACACAUUUUGCAAGAAAUGUUUAGAAGAAAUCAUUACCACCCAGAAAGAAUUAAGAUGUCCGGAAUGCAGAGUCCUUGUUACAACAAAACUGGAAGACCUACCACCCAAUGUACUGCUCAUGAGGAUUUUGGAAGGGAUGAAAAACGUUCCUAGAACAAAACUUGCUGGAGAUACUCCAAUAGCAAUCCAACCUCAGACACAAGAAACCUCUCACAAUACAAACAUACCAAUUGCAUGUGUUCUUCCUCAACAGCAGCAACAACAACAUCCCAAGAUUCAUCCUGAUGUACAUGGGAAGAUAGAAUCUGCACCAAAAAACUCUGUAUCCCUACAUCAGCCAUGUGCCAAAGCAUUGUAUGAUUACAUGCCCCAAGAACCAGGAGAUCUGGGCUUCAAGAAAGGUGACAUCAUUAUUCUAAAGAAGAGAGUUGAUGCCAAUUGGUACCAUGGUGAGAAAAAUUUAAGCCAAGGUUUCUUCCCAGCCUCUUAUGUCCAAGUUCUAACCCCUCUACCCAAUGCAACUGUACCCCAAUGCGUUGCAUUGUACGAUUUCAAGAUGACUGCUGAAGACGAAAAAGAUUGCCUGACGUUUAACAAAGGGGCCGUGGUGACGGUUAUUCGAAGAGUUGAUGAGAACUGGGCUGAAGGAAGACUCACCGAACGAAUUGGUAUAUUUCCUAUUUCGUUUGUCGAAAUGAACAGCGCCGCUAAGCUACUGAUGAAAAUAUCUACGAAUUUUCAACCUGGACCAUCACGUUCAGCUCCAGCUUUACCCGUCACAGACAAUCUUCAAAAUUCACUGAACAGUAUGACAAAUUCAGUUUCAACGUCUUCCCCGUCAACUACCCCAGCGACUACGAGUUCAGAUUCGUCCCCAUCAAGCGUAACAUCAAGCGUAAAUCGUGUUGUACCGCGUGAAAAGCGUUUUAGUCUAAACGUAAACCAGCAAACACAUCCAACUCAGUUCAACCGCCGAUCUAUAGAAAUAUCAACCCGCCAUCGAGGUCUUGCGGUUAGCUCAUCGGAAAGCGAACUUCAGCCUCUGGUUCCGGGUGUUAGCUCACCUCCUCCGUCUGGUCCACCAUCAUUUAUGACUCCCCCGGCCCUCUAUAUUGCCCUGUAUCCAUACAAGCCUCAGAAAGCUGACGAAUUAGAACUCCGGAAAGGUGCUCUGUAUACCGUCAGUGAAAAAUGCCAAGAUGGCUGGUUUAAAGGGUCCAGCGUUCGCACACAGAAGAUUGGAGUUUUCCCUGGCAACUACGUUCAGGUUGUCCGGUCACAGCCACAUCCUCAGUCUAAUCCUCCUCCUCCCGCGCCAAUUGCUCCUCAGGUUAUGACGUCUACUCGGUCCAACAUUCAGGCUAGUGUAGUCCAUCCGCCUCCAAAACUCCCUCCGCGAGCCUUGAGUCCAGCUGCACAGAAUAGCGGUUCCGUCAUGAGUCCUAUAUUAUCGUCACAAGGCUAUAAACCCAUGUCGACCAUAUCUGGAAGUACAUCCAGCUCGGCAUCAGUUCCUGCGGCGGUAGUUGCACGAUUAGCUACAACUCCUGCUCCCGCUCCGGCGCUAUCUCCGCGGGCCACAACGCUAAUCAGUCCACCUCCCAAUGUAGCCAUAGGAGGAGGUGGAGUAGCGGUUGGAGUUGAGCCGGCCAGCACACCAAUUCAGCCAGAAAAGAAAGACAAAGAAAAAGCGAGCGUCAGUUUGAUGAAAAGAUUCACAUGUCGUAAGAAAUCUUCGCCUCCACUACUUCAUCCAUACUCGAUUGACAAUCCGGUUUUUGAAGAUGGUUUUAAUACAUCUGUCUCCAAGACAGGUAGUAAUACUCCGACUGCAGCUCCGGUGCACAUUAGAUCCGGGUCGUGUCCGAGCCAGCUGUUGCAAGUUUUUCCAGGCCCGGAACGCUUAGAACGCGAAACGGAAACCAAAUCACAGGAAAAAGGAAGGCACUCAAUGGGAGGCUCGCAACGGCUCCGCUCUAACAAACACCGACCCAACAUCAUCCCCGCUUCGGGCAACAUGUCGGUGUUCUCUCGUUCCAUUUCAGCGACGACCCCCACUAGCGCCUCAAGUCACGAGGCGAUGGCUGCGGCUUCCGUUGCAAUUGUGACCCCUCGAGACAAGAGAGUGAGAAGCCCCGUUUCGCCCGUCGUGAGUGAGAGGUUUCGCUGCAUCACGCCGUAUCCACCCAACAGCGAGUAUGAGUUGGAGCUGCGUAUCGGUGACAUAGUUUAUGUGCACAAAAAAAGAGACGAUGGCUGGUAUAAGGGAACUUUGCACCGCACAGGGAAGACGGGUUUGUUUCCCGCAUCAUUUGUUGAAAGUUUCUGAUAAUCCAAGCCACAAACAAAAAUAAUUGUUGUUUUUUUUUUUCGUACUCUUCUUAAUGUCCUCUUUCCUAGAAACGCAGAGUAAGAGUUUAGAAUUUGCCUCCUUUUGUCUAUGAUGAACUCUUCUUGAAGAAGAAAAUAACAGCGUGCAAUUUAGUGCCUUUGAAAAGAUUCAAUCUCCUCGUUCUCAUGUUGUUGUUUAUUCACUGUUAGAAGCUUGUAUGUUGGAAGGAACCGGUAUGUUCUCGCUUUCGUUCACAAUUUUUCUUCGUAUAUUAUUGAUUAUGACGUUCAACUUGUUGCUGAAAGAAAAAACUCUUUUGCCCCUCAAUCCGAUUCGCUCUAUUGAUCUUCUUUCUCACGUUCUUUCCCCUAGUUUUAGGGCGUUAUAUAUUCGAUUUUUUUUUGUAUGCUCAAGGUAUAUUCUGCACACUGAAAUCUGUCUCUGCUUGUAUGCCUGAUCUUGACGUAUUUAUAAUCGUCCGUUGAUUCUCAUCCUCAAUACACUGAUUCCACUUA